AUGACAGUAUUCACCCAAAAAGCUCCAAUAACCGCUGAAUGGUUUUUUGAUUCAUCAGAUCGCCCAAUCCCAUCUUCCCCAAACCCUAACCCUAGUAGUGUUCCUCAAUGCAGCCUCCCCAUUCUUCUUCGUCUUCAACCCCGCCCGUGCCUCCCUUUUCUUCGUCUGCUCCCAGGGGUGGAAUGGCCAUUGGAGUUCCUGCUCACCACCCGACCCCUUCUCCCCCUCCUCCCUCCUCGUUUUCCUCUCUCAACCCGCCCUCUUUUGGCCAGCAGUUUGGUGGGUUGCCUCGUAAUUCCGUCAAUGUUCCUGAAUCUGUCUCUAGCUCGAGCACAUCACAGAUGAGACAGCCUAUACAAGGAAUACAGGGAAUGAGCACGAUGGGAUCAUUCGGCUCAGGCCCACAAAUGCGGCCUGGUGGAAUUGCUAUACAUCAUCAACAGAGACCUGUCCAAUCAUCUGCUAGACCACAAACUACCCCAAAUAACCAGUCCUCUACUUCCCAAAAUCUCCCAGGGCAUAGCAUGUUAAGAGUUUCAUCAGUUGGAUCUCCAAGUUCACCGUCACCUAGUACAUCACAAGGUUUGCAGUCUCAUAAUCAGCCUUGGUUGUCAUCUGGAUCACAAGGAAAGCCUCCUUUGCCAUCCCCACCAUUUAGACCGCAAAUGAAUCCACUAUCUUUGCAGCAAAGAUCACAUAUUCCUCAGCAACAUCAUCAUCCAACGUCAACAGCUUCACAGCAACCACAAGCAUCAUCCUCCCAACAACAGCAACAACCUUCAUCAUUACAUCCAGCCCAGGAGCAUUAUGGGCAACAAUUUCCACCUUCAAGAGUCGCACAAUCCGUAUCCCAUCAACAACAGAUUCCAAGGGGUCCAGGAUUGGGAAACCAGAAACCUUCCUUACAUACAGUGGGACAAUCCAGCGCAGUCCAGUCGGGGCCUCCUAAUAGAAUAACAACGAGUGCAGAGACUGGUGAAUCUUGUAACAGGAUAAUAAACAAAAGGAGCAUCCAAGAAAUGGUAUCCCAGAUUGAUCCAUCAGAAAGUUUGGAUCCUGAAGUAGAAGAUAUUCUUGUGGAUAUUGCUGAUGAAUUUGUCGAGUCUAUUACAACCUUUGGUUGCUCAUUGGCCAAGCAUCGAAAAUCAACUACCUUGGAAGCGAAGGACAUUCUUCUACAUCUUGAGAGAAACUGGAAUAUGACUCUUCCUGGGUUUAGUGGUGAUGAGAUUAAGAUUUACCGAAAACCAUUUUCAAGUGAUAUUCACAAAGAACGACUUGCACUGAUAAAAAGGUCUAGUACCUCUGCUGACACGGCAAAUACUAGGAGCUCUGCUGGGCAAGCCGCUGGAAAUACGAAGGGUCAUCUAUCAAAGGCACCUGUGAAUGUUUUGGGUUCCCCAAACUCCAAGAUACGUGAAGCUGCUUGAGUGAGUUAUUAAAUUAAGUUUAUUCGUAACGAAGUACGCUUGUUUUCAUCCAGUAGUUAGAACUUUGUAUUUUUGUUUUUUGUUUUUUCUUGUUUAGAUGUCCAUCUCUCUGCAUAGGGAAAAUAUUUUGAUAUUGUGAUUAUUUGCAUGUAGCAUGUUAGGUUCUCAGUUCCUCAUUUUAUGGUUCUGUAAGUUGCUACAACCUUUGAAAUAUUCAUCUAGGUUAGUGUUGCUUAAUUUUUACCGCAUAUGAAUGGGCCAGUCAUAUCUGCCUCGAUUGUAGUUGAGAAACAAUUGUCCAAGUUUUUAGUUAAGGGGGUAAAGUGAUACGGACGGUAGUUGAAGGGGAUAAAAUGUAAUUUAUCUUAAUUAUAAUUCCUUCAAUGGAGCUUUUCCUUUCGACUAUC